AUGCACCGCCACCCCAGCAGCAGCAGCACAGGCAGCAGCAGCAGCAGCAGCAGCAGCAGCGAGGGCGCAGCUCAUCGAAGCUGCAGCAGCGGCGACAGCAGAAGCGUCAUCCCGAGCCUAGACGCAGCAGCAACUGCAGCACCAUGCUCAGAUACUGCAGCAAGCAGCAGCAGCCUGCGUGACGGCAGCGGCACGGCAGCACCGGAGGCAGCAGAAGCAGCAGCAGCAGCAGCAGCAGCAGCGAGUAAGCUUGCUGACCCCUCUAGCGUCUCUCUCUGCAGAUCCGCCCUCAGCACUAACAGCAGCAGCAACCCGGGCAGCCCGCCGCAGCAGCUGAGAAGGCUUCCGGAAGCAGCAGCAGCAGCAGCAACACCGAGUGCAGCAGCAGCAGCAGUUUCAGCCGCAGAUGCAGCAGCAGGGCCCGAAACAGCAACGCGAGGGGUCGGGGGAGCUUUUGCAGCAGCAGAAGCAGCAGCAGCAGAAUCAGCAGAAGAAGAAGCAGCAGCAGGUGGCUCAUCUGUGACAGUGAGAGACUCAACUGCAGCAGAAGCAGCAGCGGCAGAAGCAGCAGCAGCAGCAGCAGAAGCUGCAAUAGAGUCUCUUGCUGCGCUGUUGGACGGGCCAGUGCCGCAGCAGCAGCCGUCUCGCAGUGUUGCUGCUGCUAUUGCUGCUGUGCACACAGUUACACAAGAAGCAGAGCAGGCAGCCCUUGCUGCUGCUGCUGCUACUGCAGCAGCAGCGGCAGCAGCGCAGCAGACAGCGGAUCCAGUGCAGCAGGAACCAGCUAGUGCGGGGCGCACGCGAAAAAAUGCAGCAACGGCAGCAGCUGUUGUUGCUGCAACUGCUGCUGCUGCUGUCUCCGACGCAGCUGCAGCAGACGUGUCCCACGAGCAGCAGCAGCAAGAUGAAGUACGCAGCUUAGGUGCGGUGGAGACUUCAAAUGCAGCAGCAGGAGCAGCUGCUGCUGCUGCUGUUGUUGCUGCUGGCGCGGAGGGUUCCGGUCCGUCAGAUGCACCAGGUGCAGCAGCAGCAGCAGAAGGUGCUGCUGCUGCUGCUGCUGCUGCGCAUCCAGCAUCUUCAGUGGAGGCUGCUAUUCCUGCGCCGGGGCCUGAGUCUGCGUCGCCAGAAGCCAGCAGCAGCAGCAGCUGCUGCUGCUGCUGCUGCUCCACCUCCCACAGCCACGCCCGCACCUCCGCUGCCAGCAGCGCCGCCGCCCGCGCUCGAAGAAGCAGCAGCAGCAGCGGGAGCAGCAGCAGAAGGGGACACAAGGGAAGCAGAAGCAGUAGAAGCAGCAGCAGCAGAAGCAGCAGUAGCAGCAGCAGCAGUAGCAGCAGCAGCUCCUGUGAUCGAUGGGGCCCCGCCGUUUCGCUUUUUCUCUCAGGGCCUUGA